AUGCGACCGAGAACCUCAGAAACGGCAUCCCAGCCUUCUCAGGCCCAGGCGACAUCCGUUUCCUCAAACCAUCACCAAGCCCUCGGGUCCGCCCCGCCUCCAGCCGAUACUUACUCCGACCAACAAUCACAAUACCACCUCCACCGCGAACCCAACCAGCAGCAGCAACAACAGCCUCACGACCCUCCGACACAUGGGCAACCAGCAUACUCUUCUUACAGCCAAACGUUCCCCGUGAUACCCUCAUCCUACUACCACGAGCCUGGCUCGUUUAUACACGACGACUACGACGAUUACGAAGACUACGAGGAUGACGACGACGACGACGAUGAUGAUGCGGAGGGUGAGGAUGACGACCUAGACAUGAGCGACAGCGAUGGAGGUGCUCCCUUGGAUCAUGUCAUGACAGUCACCAGCCUUCUGUCUCCCAUGCCCGACAACGAGGCCGAGAUGGACCCCCCUCAGUCGUUCUCAGGGAAUCAUCACUUUGAGCAACCCGUACAUUCGCCACAAGAGCAGCACACGUCCACGGGGCCGCCUGCUCACAUGAUUAACUACUGGAACGUAUCGAUUGCAGCUGGUCAUGCAUUUCUUGAUCCGAUAGGAGCCCAUCAUCCCACCCCGCUUGAUACGACUCCUUUCCAUCCCAUGCUCCAUUCUGGAGCCAUGGAUGACGACGACGACGAUGAUGUUUUCUAUCCACCUGUAGCCGAGCAGCUCCAACAAUUUCAAACAGUGGUUGCCAACGAGGACGAAAUAGCAUGGGAAAAUGCAGGUCCGCCGGCCCUCAGCAAUCCCAAUCCAAGCACCCUCGGCCCGGAAAAUCCUGGUCUGACCGAUUUUCUCAAGGGCUGGGCCUGGCGUAACGGAUUUCAGUCCCGAGGACCUAGUCCUGGAAUUCGUCAAAUCAAUGCACAGGUCUCGCGGGAUGUCACGCGCGUGCGAUACUCGGAUUUGGAGGGCGAUGCAUACGACGCGCAGGGCAUCGACUGGGAAGCCUUGGGGGUGACACGCAAGAAUGCUCGAGAGCGGAGGUGCCUCGACUACAAGAACUACACAAACAGGACAGAUUCCGAUAUAUGGGCGCCCCAUCUGCCAGACAGGAUUAUACGAAAUACCGAAGAUUUCUUCAGGUUUCGUCGCAUGGACAUCCGUCAAAACGUUCACUUGGCCCAUUUCCAGCUGCGCAAUAUCCUAGCAUGUGCUGGGCGCAGCCAUGCCUUCUAUCCGGGUCAGCGAGCCGUUCACCGGAUCAACCCCGUAUCGGGAGAGAGUGAAGUGGCCAUGGACCUCAACGAUAUGAUUGGCGUCCAGAUUUCAACUUUGGACGCCAACUGCGGCAUCUUGAUUGCGGGUACUUUCAACGGAGAGUACUGCAUGCGAAACAUUUACAGCCAGGAUAAGAAGUACACCGAAGGACAAAUCACCAGCCACGUAAGUGGCAUAACCAACCAUCUGCAGAUCCAUGCUUCCAGGAACUCAUCCUCACCGCUGGCCGCCUUUGCGUCCAACGACCAAGGCUUCCGUGUCAUGGAUGUGGCCACCGAGAAGUUCGUUCUGGAUACACAAUACGGCUGUCCCAUCAACUGCUCCGCUCUGUCCGCUGAUCGUCGUUUGCGCGUAAUGGUUGGUGAUAAUUACAACGUCCUGAUUGCAAACGCGGAUACCGGUGAAAUAUUGCAAGAGUUGGGAGGCCACCGUGACUUUGGGUUCGCGUGCGACUGGUCAGACAAUGGCUGGACCGUUGCAACCGGUUUCCAGGACAUGAGUGUGAAACUCUGGGACGCUCGAAUGUGGACCAACUCAGACGGUACCAGCAAACCACUCACCACGAUUCGCUCCGAGAUGGCAGGUGUUCGCAGCUUGAGGUUCUCUCCCACCGGCAGCGGCCCUCAAGUUCUCGUAGCAGCCGAGGAAGCCGACUAUGUCAACAUCAUCGACAUUCAAAGUCUAGCCCACAAGCAGACAUUUGAUAUCUUUGGGGAGAUUGGAGGUGUCGAGUUCACCAACGACGGCCAGGACCUCAAUAUUCUCUGCAUGGAUCGUACUCGUGGAGGGCUGGUUCAACUGGAGCGUUGCGACUUAGCGUCUAGUUCCGAUUUUGAGUACGCACAUCAAGCGGCAGCCAUGGAUCCUUGGUGGAGGCCCAGCCAGAGCGGAAUACUAUCUGAUGCAGAUAUGGUUCAGACGAAACUGCCAGCUCAGCGGGAAAGGGGAUACGACCUCUUUGAUGACUUGGAGCCUUUCUGA